AUGAGCGCAAGUGGCAGCAGCAGCGUCAGCAGCGGCAAAUCUGCUCAUACGCUUCCUCUGGAUCACGACGGCCUUCCUGAGCCGCUUGCGGCUGACAUUUUUCGGCAGCUAGUGAGCGCCGUGGCGCACUGCCACUCGCAUGGUGUCAUCCACCGCGACAUCAAGCUGGAAAACGUUCUGCUGACGUCAGGCAUGCCACUGAAGCUUGCCGACUUCGGGCUGGCGAAAAUUCUCAAGCCGCCCGAGAGUGAGGCCAUUGGAGACACUGGAAGCAAGCUGUACAAGGCACCAGAGGUCUACGAGCGCCGGUGGUAUACCACCCAGGCAGACAUGUGGAGCCUCGGGAUUGUCCUGUACGCUCUGCUGUCGGCCCGAUUCCCUGAAACCGACUCCAGAACUGGCUUCCUAGCCAACACUACUCGUGAGGUUCUAUUCAAGGGCAGGCUGUGGGGAACAGUGUCUGAAUCUGCAAAGGAUUUGAUUCUCCGGCUUUUGUCUUAUGACCCUGUGAUGCGGCCCACCUGUGAGGAGGCGCUGAGGCACCCAUGGAUCCGGCAGGGGGUGACGGCAGAUGGCAUUGCACCUGCACAGGUCACCACAGCCGCAGCAGCACGGGCAGAAGGUGCGACCGAACGAGGCUGCGAGUGGAACAGAGGCAGUAUCCCUGAUCCAACAGGGGAGCAGACCGCACAUGAACAUAAACUUUCUACACAUCCUCCCUCUGCAUUUCCUUUUCUGAUGCUGCCACCAGCCGACAGAGGGUGCAGGGCUAGUAGGAAGAGCGGAUCCCGUCUCAAGCCCAACCGUUCGCCACUGCGUUUGUCAUUCAGGCUAAUGACAUUCAGCAGCAAACCAGCAGCAGAUGGAAUUGUUUGA